AUGGUGCUCACAAUUGCCCUUCGAAGGAACUCACACUUCUCCCUCAGACCACUCGGUGCAUUUCUCGGCCUUGUCUCCGCCUCUGCCGCCUUGCGGGAGGCGUGUGAGCGGAGCGGAACCCCGCAGCAUCUUUUGGAGGGCGCCUUGGAGCAGGUGCGCCUGGCAGAACAUCACGGAGCCUCUGCACCGGAAUUGGAGGUGACAUGCGUGCGCGUGUACGUCCCACCACCAUUUGCAGAUGCGACCUCCCGCCCCAUGUUGCUCUUCCGAGGAACCCCCGACGCGAGCAUAGAGGAGCGUCUUCCGGCAGGUCGGCGGCGGCCUCUGUUCUUUUCAAGCUCACUGCGGGUCGCACUGCCAUUUGGUAGAAUUGACGGGGCACGCGGGAAACACAGGGUGGCGCUCUGUCGGGUGGAACGUCGCCCCGGGCACCAACUCUUUAACAGGGUCGUAGCCACGGAAGAGGAUUUGAGGCUGUUUGACAGCGUUGGUGGCGACUUGGACCGUUUCAGUCUUGCGAAGACCAAACAAUCCGCCUCCAACGGCAGAGGAGAUGAGGGCGCAUUUGACGGCGUGGUGGAGUGGCUGGAUGGUGGGGCUUCGUACCGUUUUGAUGCUGCACACGCGCGGAUUCACACAUUGCUGUGCAUCGACGUACAGUGGUGA